UCGCGUAGAAAUAUAUAGAUUCAUAUUCGGGCGGAUGUCAAUAGUGAUUUGCGUGAUUACUUUUCAGUCUCUUAUUCAAACCGAUUGACAACGAAAAGUGGCAAACAUAAAAUUCUACAGAGAAUUUAUGAGUUGAAUUAGUAGUGAUAUUGAUAUAUAGUAUAACGGUUUUACAGUUUUCAUAAUGGCGAAUUCAUCGGUCAGCAAACUGCAUCUAGAGUCUGUCGAUAGAAUUGUCAGUAUUCCAUUGGUCGAGACGAGUUUCAAACGCAUCGAGAAUCUAUAUGGCAAAGUUAAGAACAAUAACCGGCUAUUUAAUUGGUAUUUUGAGACCGCCGAGUCUACAAUUUUCGCCGCCUGUGAGUCUGUGCAACCGGCAGUCAAACUUUUCGAAGCGCCUCUAAAGCAUCUCGACGGUGUUAUGUGCAAAAGCUUGGACUUAUUAGAACAGCGUAUACCGUUAGUUUAUUUGCCGCCAGAAAUGAUGUAUUGGAACACAAAGGAGUACAUGUCGGACCAUCUUGUACGACCGGUGCUGAAGCGUGCCGAUUCUGUCAAACAGAUAGGAAGCACGGUCCUGGAGAGUUCCCUAACAGCGUAUGCGGCAGAGCGUUUGGACGAAGCCUUCUCGGUUGGAGACAAAUUUGUGGAUAAAUAUUUGGUGCCCUUGCCAGGCGAUCAAACGGAUGCACCCAUCGAUGAAGAUAAGAAUACUGGCGUUGAAAAUGAAAAAGGCGCCAUUAAGGCAAUACAUCACGGUCAACGAUUCUCACGCAAGCUUAAACGCCGCCUAACUCAGCGCACCCUCGCCGAGGCACGAGCACUAAAGAAGCAAAGUAGAGAAGCCAUUAAUGUUCUCAUCUAUGCAGCAGAAUUGAUUGCCACGGAUCCUAAGUUGGCUCUACAAAAAGCGAAAGAGCUAUGGGAGUAUCUGAGUGAAGACGAGCCGGAAAACCAAGCCAGGCCAGUCAGUUUGGAACAGUUAGUUGUGCUAUUGACGCGUGAGUCAGCUCGACGUUUAGUGCAUCUGGUGAAUUUUAGCGCACAUAUCGCCUCGAACUUACCAAAAAAAUUGUCUCACACCACAGCUGAGGUUGUUCACCACAUUAUCAUUUUCAAUAACCGCAUUAUUAGCAUUACUAAAUUGGACAAAGUUAAAAAUAUGUCCAAACAAGAAGCUGAAUCUCUAAUUAAGCGCGCGUUGACCUUCUACGGAGGCCUUCAAAUCGUCACUAAUAGCUAUUUGGAACGUUUAGCCACUUUUCUCUCGGGUCGCAUAGAGGCAGAGAAGGUUACCGUCACCGCUAUCGCAUCCACUGCAUCCUCCUCCAACGCCAGACGACGCAUCGAACCACAGGACAAUAACGUUCCUGUUCCACAUAUAAAUGGCGUCUACUGAGAAAUAGAAUUUUUUAUUGCUGUCGUAUUUUUGUUUCUAAUCAUCGACUUUUAUUUCUGCUUUCAUAUUCGUACUAAUACGUAAACUAACAUUUCGGAAAAUAAAUAAGAUGUCUGAAUAAACUAUAAAAAGGGCAUAUGACACCAUUAGCAUAGGGUAUGCUGCACUAAAACUGUGCAAAAUCGAA